GCAAGCUGGACCAUGCACUUUAAACAACGUUUGAUGAGCUCUCCUCCCUCCUCAGUGGGCAGUGCGAGUGUAACGCGGUGCGCAGCGCGAUCAGCCAGAGUCCGAGACUGAGACCGCCGCGUGGAUGUGUGUGGGUGUCCUGAGAGCGACCCGCCGUCGUUGAUAAGUGUUCCCGCGUUGCCGAUCGCGAACCACAUUCACUGCGCGCACAGGCAGCGUCGCGACUUGCUGGAUUUCUCGGUCCGUCCCUCUCUCCUGUGUAUACGGGCCUUCCUCUGCGGACCUCGUGUGAACUGAGUCACGGCGUCUUCAGCAUUCAUGUUCGGAAUACAGGAUACGCUGCACGGCCGGGGACCGGUGCCCGGCCUCAAGGAAGAGCCGCUGGGAUCGGUGCGCGGCAGUUGGAUGCAGCCCACCAUGGUCGAGCAGACGAGUGCUAGCGUGCCGGGCCUGGCCCGAGCCCACUUCGAGAAGCAGCCGCCGAGCAACCUACGCAAGAGCAACUUCUUCCAUUUCGUCAUUGCUCUGUACGACCGCACGGGACAGCCGGUGGAGAUCGAACGUACGGCGUUCAUCGACUUCAUCGAGAAAGAUCUGGAACCAGAAGGACAAAAUACGAAAAAUGGCAUACAUUACAGAGUGCAGUUGCUUUACGCAAACGGCGUGCGUGCAGAACAAGAUCUUUACGUCAGACUCAUCGACUCUGUCUCGAAACAACCGAUCAUAUAUGAGGGCCAGGACAAGAACCCAGAGAUGUGUCGAGUACUUCUCACCCAUGAGAUUAUGUGCAGCCGGUGCUGUGACAAAAAGAGCUGCGGCAACCGAAACGAGACGCCUUCCGAUCCAGUCAUCAUAGAUAGAUUUUUUCUCAAAUUCUUCUUAAAGUGCAAUCAGAACUGUCUCAAGAAUGCAGGAAACCCGAGAGACAUGCGGCGUUUUCAGGUGGUGGUGUCGACCACAGUGGGCGUCGAUGGUGCGUUACUGGCGGUAUCCGACAACAUGUUUGUUCACAACAACUCCAAGCAUGGCAGGAGAGCGCGCAGACUCGACCCUUCAGAGGGAUCUGAUUACACCACAUGCCAUUAGGGUUCAAACGCCUCCCAGGCACAUCCCAGGUGUUGUUGAAGUCACCCUGUCAUACAAAUCUAAGCAAUUCUGCAGAAAUGCACCAGGCAGAUUUGUCUACACCUCGUUGACAGAGCCAACCAUAGACUAUGGUUUCCAGAGACUGAUGAAGCUUGUACCGAGGCAUCCAGGUGACCCUGAAAGGCUACCAAAGGAGAUCAUUUUGAAGCGCGCAGCCGAUUUGGCAGAGGCGCUUUACAGCAUGCCUAGGAACCACAACCAGCUGUCCUUACCACCGCCACGCUCUCCGGCAGUCAACUCUGGCAGCGGCAUGACCGGAUUCAACGCCUACAGUGGUCAGCUAGCCGUCAGUGUACAGGAGAACGGCACAGGGCAGUGGCCUGAUGACGACUACAACAGAGGACAGUCAAGCAGUGUGUCGCCAAGGGGCUACACGUCUAAUGGCUCAACACCGCACAGCAGUAGCAGUGCAGGCUACAGCAGCGCCACCAUAAACGGCCAAUACAGCACCACGGGCAACAUUGGCAACAUGGGGGUUCCCAGUUCUCCGGGACUCUUCAAUGCAGUAUCGCAGUCAAUGCAGAUGACUGAUAACAACAACCACAGCUACAGUUCAACGGGACUGUUUAGCUUCUCUCCGGCUAACAUGCUGUCGGCAGUCAAGCAGAAAAGUGCAUUUGCUCCCGUGGUUCGCCCCUGUGGCAGUCCCAGCAUGCAGAGCUCAGGGGGGUGGGCGCUCAUGCAUCAUGAAUGACCUCGAUGAACGGCAUAGUAUCGCCACCCUUCGGAAGUAUGAAUCCAUUUGCUAUACCCGCCGGGGGAGCGCAGUCAUACGGG